AUGAAAACUUGUAAAAGUAUGCGGAAGAUAUAUAUUAACUAAUAAACACUGAACAGUCUAGUUUUGUCAUCUAGUACAGGUUGUCAGUGAUGACAUGGCUUCUAUUGGUGCUUAUAGUCGUCACAAUAGAUUUCAAAACCGAAACAGUAUAGAAGACAGUAACAGCAGUGACAGUGAUGAAAGAAAAAUGGGAAACAACUCUACUGAACUCAAAAGUAUGAGCCCAGUCACGUUGAAAUCAGAAAUGACAAAGUCCAUGGACGACGCAACAGAUUGUGGUCAUUCUUUGCAUGGAAUAAACUUGUCUACAUUAAUGACAAAUAAACAUUACAGCAUUGUUGUUGGUAUUGAAAUUACAAACUUGACAAAUAAUCGUCUGACCAAACCAAAAACAAAGACAUAUUCAGGAUACAUAUCAACUCCCGCUGUUUCAGUAAGACCUGGACACAAAGAAGCAAUGAUAGCACAUAAGCACGGUUAUACAAUGACUGGAUCAAGUGGAAUUGUCUCUUGGCUAAUACAAAACUACGAAAGGCGCCUUGUCAUCGUCUGGAAAUCGCCAUAUUUUAGAAGCAACAGUGUGGGUAUUUGCCUAACGACGGUUGGUAAUGAAACUCAUAACGAUUCCUGGUUCAACAUUAUAAGAAAUAAUCAAAAGUGUAAGAAACAACUGAAAUAUAAAUUUUCUACGUUUGACGAUACGAGCGAUGAAAUAAUGAUUGAUGAUGGCGAUUUUCAGGUAUUUUGUUCCAUGGGAACUAGCAGUAAACCAGAAGUUAAAAUAACACUGCGCCCGACAACAACACAGGAUCAAUCUUUUACAGGACCACAAUAGUUGAUGGAUGCAAUUUUGGUAUCUGUGUUUCAGUUGCGUAGGAGUAGACUGAAAAGUGAUGGUAACAAACUUCUGAUACUGACCGAAAAAACCUUAUAUAAUCUAAACGACUAGGUUUGGAAAUAUGACAGUGAACUCGCUCAUUUUCAUUGUAUUUUAAUUUUUUUUGGCUUAAUAGUCCCUGUGGUGAGGAGUGCGAGCUGACUUUUAUUCCAAUCAUACAGACGAUAUAAAGUAGGACUAAAUUAUUUUAAGUUGAAUAGUAUGUCUAUAUUAGUAAUACAAGUAAAUCUUUCAUGAGUUUUUAAGACUUU